GCGUCUGUCUUUUUUGUGGUUUGAGGGAUUCAGGAAGGGGCUGCUUGUACUUAAAUGCAGCAUGAUAGGCUAGAACGCCAUACUGAGAACAGAAGUCAUAUCAUUUACAGAACUUGGUUGGGUAGUCUUUAAAAAAUCGUGGCCAGGCUUUCAGUUUAAAAAGACAAUAACUAAACGCUACGGUCCUCAGUAGAAAUCGAAACUUUUCAGUAUCGCAGUAACAACAAAUUAAUUUAAAAGUUUAAAAAACAAAAUGCAUCUCUUUGUGUAUGUUGCUGUUCUCUUGGCCUGUCUCAGUAUGGUGGUGGCCCAAAGAAACUACGGCAAUAACUACGGAAGAAACCAACAGGGUCAGCAACAGGGUCAGUUUUCGUAUCAGGAGUCAAACCCACCAAGACAAAAUAGACCAGCCCAAAAUUACAACACUGAUGAUACCUUCGGGGCCGAUCCUGGAUGCAGGGAUCCUUGGACGACAGAAUGGACCCGUGAUCCUAACGACUGCACACAGGUGCACUUCUGUGUCCAAGGAAAGAAAUACUGGACCAUCAACUGUAACGACACCCGUGUGUGGUCCAAUGUUGGCCACGCAUGCGUAGAGCCCAUGUCUCAGUGGGACGACUGCAACCAGGUCAUGACAACGCCAGCCCUCAAUGAUCCUCGCUGCGCACCCGACCCCAACGGCAUGAACCCCGACCCCAGCAAUUGUGCCCAGUUCCUGGCCUGUGUUAACAUGACAGUGGUGGCCACAAUGGACUGCCCCACAAACACGCUCUUUAGCACUCGCAACAGCACCUGCGAGCUGAGCUUUCUCGUGGCCUCGGAGUGUCGGGAAAGGAGCAUCCCUGGUCACGUGGUCGUCACGACUGCCAGCCCCAUUGUGGACAAACCAUGUGCUGGUUUUUCAAACGCUGAUGUGAGCGACCCAACAAAUUGUGCCCGGUUCUACAAGUGCAACUAUGGUCGUGUCGUCGCCAGGAUCAAGUGCCCAAACAGCAGCGCAUUCAACGCAGAGAAAAGGAAGUGUGACUGGAGAGCCAAUGUUGACUGUCAAGACAGACCCAUUUUUUGAUUAACGACGUCGCAAAUCAUUGAUGACGUCAUGAUGUUCAAUUCGGUUAUAUCCGAUUUUUAACAAUUUUGCACCAGAUGUUCAUGUAUGUUUGCCAUUGUCAUAUUUAGCAAUAAACAAAGACAAAAGAC